AUGAAGCUAUUAUGAUGGCUUCAUCUAUUACUAAUCAUUCCAAGUUAUUAUGCUACAGCGAAUAAUACUCCUUAUUUCCGUAAUGACAGAAAAAUACCUUACAUUUUAUCGUCAGUAUUUUUAGCGAAUUACUUCCCACUUCUAUUUUCUGAAGCUUUAUAUGAUGGCUUUUUUUGAUUAGUCACUUCUGGAUGAGAUUAUAAGUAUUUUUCCGAAGAAAUUUUAUGACUAAGCACGCCUAUCCUUAUUUUUGCAAGGCAGCACAUAUCUGUAUAUAGCUUAUACAGUUUCUGAAUAUUUGGGAUUAUAUCAAUUCUACUAUGCUCCAAAUUUGCAGAUAAAUUGAGCAAUUUUUGGCUAUCCUUGCCAGGGCUAUUUAAUUCAUUAUCCUUACUCUUUUAUUAUUCUAUUUCAAGCUCUUUAGAAUAUUUCUUAUAUUAUUUUGUUUGCUUCUCAAUUUUUAUUAUUUGAGGAAAAAAAAUUAGAUAUUAUUGAUUCACAAGUCCAAGCCCAGUCUUUUAUUUUUACAAUAUUUCAAUGCUUACUGGAACAUUACUUGCUAUAAAAACAACGUCAGUCUCUGAUAAUGAUUUAAUUGCCUGAAUAGUAUGGAUUUUAUGUGUAGGAUUAACAAUAGGAUUACCAGUUAUGAUUUUCGUUUAUUUUGGCAUAUGUUUCGAUUCAGCUCUUGAACCACUACGCUCUUCUAAUCAAGAAUUCAUCCACAAGUAUGAAAAGGAUAAAAAUUAUUUGCAUAACCAUGAGUUUGUUUUUUGUAUUUUUCAGUAUUAUAUUCAAAUAUUUUCCUUUGUAUUUGCAAUGAUAUUGACUGCAAGCAUAUUCGAAGAAAUAUUUGGGAGUUGAAAUAGAAUACUUGUAGAAUUAUUUUAUUUAGCAACUGCUGCUAUUAUAGGUAAUGUAUUGUUAUAUCCAAAUUGAAAUUGAAAUUCAAGUCGCAUUGAAGAAACUUUCAAUAUACAGAUGAAUAUUUUAGGAAUAUAUGCCCAAAUUUGGUUUUUAAGAAUUCUUGCAAAGAUUUUUAAUAAUAGCAUUUGAACCUAG